AUGAGGGGUUUACACGAAGCGGUAUACUCGGCUCUCCAGUGGAUACAGUUCACCAUGGCCGUGCUCAGUGUUAUAGGUUCCAGCUCAAUUAUUGCCUACGCCGUCUUUCAAAAUGCAGUGCGGUCCCCCGAGGUUCGUCCACUUUUCUACCUGAGCCUCUCUGACCUAUUUCUGGGCAUGUGCUGGCUCGCUGGGGCGCUUCUCUAUAGCACACCAACCUCCAAGCAGGAUCUCAUCUGCUAUAACCUGCAAGCGACAGGACAAAUAUUCUACGUGGCCUCUUUUCUAUACACUGUCAACUACACCUGGCAUCUGUACAUGGACCUGAAGAUGAAAUACCAUCAGAACCUUCACAGGAUGCCCCCCCAGGUUGUAGAAUAUGCAAGUUGCAUCGGCCGAAUAGCAACUAUCUCGUCUAGCCUGAUCCCUUUCCUUCUCAUGGUGCCUGUGUUUUGCCUGGGCAACAGCAGUAAUUGCUACCAGAACUUCAGCCAGAAGCAUGGAUGUCUCUUGAUGCACACGGAAAUAGCCAUGCCCACCAACGAGCCGCAAACCCUGAGUGGCUCUGUUUGCCAUGCGAUGCAUUUCUAUGGCAUCGGGGUCUUCCUCAUUUCCUUUCUGAUCAGCUUCGUAGCAAUUCUGGUUAUACUCAGUCAAGCCCGAGGUUUGUACAAAAGGUUCGUAAACUCCACAGGAUUCCUGGGGGAUCAGCAGUGGGCCAUGAUUAAAACGGUGGAACAACGAGUGGUUUUUUACCCCAUCGCAUUUUUCUGCUGCUGGGCCCCAGCUGUACUCCUUGGAAUACUGAAGCUGACAGUGUCAACAAACAGCAAAAUCUACAUGGCUCUUCUAAUUCUACAGGCUCUGACAGCAGCUUCCCAGGGGCUUCUGAAUUGCAUCGUGUACGGCUGGACACAGCACAUCUUCCUCUCCCUCAAACGCAACGCCUGCAGGGACGUUGACACUCAGACUCCUCUCUUGCGCUCCCAGAAGAAGUUCUAUGCCAGCACGCUCCCCGCCAGCCCGCCGGACACAGAGGGGUCCACGUCCACCCUGCUCUGAUGAAUCCCUGCGUCAAAGGAGAACAGGCAGCGUCCUAACGAGACCUUGUCGUGUUUUAGCAAUGUCAGCCAGACCCGGUAUCAGGCUGUCUGCUGCGAACUGUCUCGCCAGCAGGAAAGCUAGCUCUGCCUGAGCAGAGCUGUCGGAGACACUUUUAGUGAUGAUAGUUAUUUAUUUAACAGGUUUGUAUGGAUUGUAAAUGGAUUCUUUAAACAUGGUAAAUCUUUAGUACAGACUUUCUCCUUAUGGAAAUAUCUCUAGAAAUGCAGCAAAUGAUAUGUAACAGCUCAGAGAUCUGGUACAGCUCCUUUGAGGGUAGGUGGUCAAAGGAUGUUUUACUUCUCUAAGUAUUUGCCAUUACAAAUUAACAGUAAAGCAAAGGUGAAUAUUUUUCAAUCUCUGACUUUUAAUUCACUAUAAAAAUAAGAACAUGUACCAUACUAAUAGCCAACUGCAAGGAAUGAAAAAUUGCAAAGCGGCAUAAAAAAAACAGUGCUCACUUCCGUGCCUCGACUUUUUGCACAUUUCCCUUCUGUUCUUCAUGCCAACUCCUGCUCAGCUACAAUACUCAGAAAAAUAAGCUGCUUUGACCCGGUGGAGCAUCUCUCCUGAACCAGGUGAGCAGGACUUUGCAUGAAUCUGUCUAUACUCUUCUAGAUGCUCAAGUGAAUUAUUUACUAAGGUCCUACCGUUCUAUAGAAAAUAAAACAGAUCUUUAGC